AUGUCUGGAAGAGGUCGUGGUUCCUCGGGCAACAAGCUCAAGAUGUCGCUCGGUCUGCCUUGCGGCGCCGUCAUGAACUGCUGCGACAACUCCGGUGCCCGUAACCUUUACAUCAUCUCCGUUAAGGGUACCGGUGCCCGCCUCAACCGUCUCCCCGCCGCUGGUGUCGGUGACAUGGUCAUGGCCACCGUCAAGAAGGGAAAGCCCGAGCUCCGUAAGAAGGUCAUGCCCGCCGUUGUCGUCCGUCAGAGCAAGCCCUGGAGACGUCCCGAUGGUAUCUACCUCUACUUCGAGGACAACGCUGGUGUCAUCGUCAACGCCAAGGGUGAGAUGAAGGGAUCCGCCAUCACCGGCCCCGUCGGAAAGGAGGCUGCUGAGCUCUGGCCUCGUAUCGCUUCCAACUCUGGUGUUGUCAUGUAA